CAACAACAACAAAUACCUUAAAGAAUUUCAUUAGAAUGUUUAUGCAUAUGUAUAUGGAUAAACAUGUACAAAUAAAAUAUAUGUAUACAUGACUAUAUAUAAGUCAAAUACAGAUGGUAACUCAUCAUUGAUCAUAAGAGGUGUGGUUAAUUAUUAACACAUUACAAUAUAAACCAAUAUAUUCUUAUUCAUAAUACAUUCUAUCAACAGUAAAUAAAACGAUCGAUUGAAGUCAACACAUUGACAACAUCAAGAUUAUGGGAUCUGGUAAAAAGUUCACAAAAUCAUUAAUACUUUCUGUAUUAUUAGCGUGUUUAGGAUCAUCCUUUACAAUUGGUUACAAUUUAGGAGUAUUAAAUUUGCCAGGAGAGAAUAUUAAAGAGUUCUUAUCUCGUACUAUGUUGGGUAAAAAUGCGAGUGUAGCUGAAAAUACAGCAAAUCUUGUGACACCAAGUUUUUUAUAUGCUCAAGUUAGCACAGCUUUUGUAGUAGCUGGUGCAAUUGGAGCUUUCAGUUGUGGUGCUAUAGCUGAUUGUUUAGGAAGACGAAAUGGUUUGAUAGUAAACAGUUUACUUGCAAUCAUUGGAGGAGUAUUAGUUGGUCCGUGUGUAGCAUAUAGUCAACCUGCAUUAUUAUUUGUCGGACGUGUUUUCAAUGGAUUCAAUUUUGGAAUAUCAAUGGGGAUAGCACCAAUGUAUCUGACAGAAAUAGCUCCCUUAUCUCUUCGUGGUGGAAUCGGUUCAUUGCAUCAGCUUGCUUUAACUAUCGGGAUAAUUGUAUCCUACUUAAUGACAUUAACAUACACACUAAAUACACCAACUUUGUGGCCUAUAUCUGUAGCUGUUGGAUCAGUUCCUGCAUUAAUUGCAUUAAUUCUUUUACCUUAUUGUCCUGAGAGUCCACGUUUUUUAUUUAUCAAAAAGGGAAAAGAGGCAAAAGCACGUAAAGCCUUUCAACGACUUAACUGUAUAGAUGAUAUCAAUGAAACAUUUAAUGAAAUGAAAAGAGAAAUGCAUGAAGCUGAAAAACGACCAAAAUUCAAAUUUUUCAGACUUUUCACUCAAAGAGAUUUGCGUAUGCCAGUUUUAAUUGCUUGUAUCAUACAAGUAUUUCAACAGCUUUCUGGAAUUAAUGCGGUAAUCACUUAUUCUUCCACAAUGCUUAAAACUGCUGGGAUUCCACUGGUGUAUAUUCAGUUUUGUGUAGUUGCUGUAGGAGCAAUUAAUGUUUUAAUGACUGUACUUUCGGUAUAUUUAAUUGAACGUGCCGGACGUAGAACUCUUCUUUUAUGGCCAACUGUACUUCUUGCUUUUUCAUUAUUAUGCUUAACAAUUUCAGUGAAUACAGCAAGUUCAACAAAGGAUCAAACAACAGCUCGAACAGCUGGAAUAAUUUCAGCUGUUCUUAUAAUUCUAUAUAUUUGUGGUUUCGCUUUAGGUUUAGGUCCAAUUCCUGGUGUAAUCGUUGCUGAAAUAUUUAGACAAGAACCAAGGGCUGCAGCCUAUUCUCUAAGUCAAGGAGUUAACUUAUUGUGCAAUUUAUUGGUGUUAUUCAGUUAUCCAAGCAUUAAUGAUGCCAUUGGUGGUUAUUCAUUCUUACCAUUUUUAGUUAUCGUUAUUAUCUGUUGGAUAUUUUUCUUUUUAUAUAUGAUUGAAACAAAGAAUCGUACGUGUGACAGUAAUGCACGAGAUUUAGCUACAGCAACAGUUGUCGCUUGUCAACGUCCAUCAAGAUUAAGUUAUAAAAAUGAAGAACCAUUUUACUCAGAUGAAUAAAAUGAUUUUUUUGUUGUUGUUGAGAAAACUGAAUUCUUACAACCCCUCCCCCCCUAAGAAAAUAAAGAUAGAUUUUUUUAUUUUGUUGAUCAUUUUAAAACUGUAAUCUUUUGUUUUGUUCGCAAGUGGUAUUAUUAUUGAUAUUAUCACUGAUUUUCUUUAUACCUUCUUUCGACAAUAUACGUUUGUUUGUUUGUGUGUUUGUGUGUCGUUUUCUUUGUUUUUUGUGAGAGAAUAAUUUCUUAAAACACACUUUUCUCUAUUGCAUUUUCUUAAUUUGUUUAUCUCAAUAAAGUUUAAAUGGGAGGGAAAUAUUUCAGAUGAUCUUGUAAUGACAAAUAAUGCGAAUAUUUGGCAGUGACAUUGUUUCUACUGUAAAUAAUAAUGAUUACAUAAUAUCCAAUGAUUUUAAUUUAUAAUUUAAUCUUAGAUACACAUUCUUUAUUGAUUUUUAUAUUAACAUUUGAAACAACAACAAAAAAAAACAGAAAAAACGAUAAUUUUUUUUACUGGUUUUGCUUUUUUUUCGUGAAACAUUCAAUGAAAAAUCCGAUUUCACAUUUGAUUCUUUUUUUUUGUUUUUUUAAAAAUUAUUUUAUGAUAUGAUUAUUAAUAAAUAUUGCUUGAAGAGUGAA